AGUACUUAAUUUACCGUUUCUGUUUGCCAUUCAAUUUUCAAGGGAGGAAUGCCGUGGAGGUCGCUUAGUCGCCGUAACGAGGGACACGCCGCGACAGCCACACUUUCCCUUCGUUAAAUCUCGUCGUUUUCGAGUACUAUGUUUCAGGAAAUUUUAUGAUGAGAAAACAGCCCAAAAGUCAAUUAUUAAACUUGGUCAAGAAAGGAGCUACUGCUAUUUUCAUUGCUGAAGUAGGGGCAUUUGGAGCGAGUUACUUUAUUUACCAUCGUAUGAAUACAGAUAGAGAUUUUAGAUAUUAUAUGAAGAAUAAUUACAACUUCGCACUUGAAUCUUUCUACACACUUGGGGAGUACAUGAACAAGAGUGACCAGACACGAAAGAUUGACAAUAUUAUUUGGAGUCACCAGUACCCCGCCGUUUCGGAGAGGCAAGACGACCUUACUGGCAAGAAGUAAGAGAGGGACUUACAAAGCAUUGAAGCUGCACAAGAACUGGUAACCAUGGCAACAACGAAGGUUUUGAUCUACCUUAGUGGAUUCACCAUGGCGGGGUAUUUUCUCAUGAAGCUUGUUGAACGUGACCCUGAGGCACUGCGCAAGGAGUUACCAGAGAGAUACCAGGAAGACUAUCACAACGCUGCUAAACAACGCACUGCACAGUUUAUGACUGUACUCAAGAAUGUAGCAGAGGGUGACGACCCAGCCACAGCUUCCAGAAAACUUCGUGAACAGCUAGAAAAAGAAGCCCAGAAGAAUCUGCCUGUACCUACAAAGUCUUCUUGAGUUUAUUAUGUGUAGUUAAUUUAUGUAAUGUAUAUAUUUUUGGGAUAAAACAAGAGUAUUAUAGUAGCUGCUUGGAGUAGUGGUUUUAAGGCAUUUUAGGGGAUACAAGAAUAUUCAAACUUAGCACCAUGAAUGCAUCGGUGGAUUCUGACACCCAGGCCCAGAUCCUGGAAAGAAUGAAAAAGAGAACAGAGGAAAUAGCACAGCGGGCAGAAGUGCGGCGGCAGGAGAAGCAAGGCCAAGCUGCUAUGUCAGAAAAUGCUGACUAUUUCCAGGAAACCUUCCAGAACAUGAAGGAUGACAUUGAGAGGAAAAUUGAUGAUGCAGGAAACAUAAAGAAGGCUCAGUUGCUAGAUUAUUUUGACGAGUUGGUGAAGGAUGUGCAGCAGAUGCAGGAGUUCUUGAAUGAAUCAUCCAUGUUUUUGGCUUCCUUCCAGGUCAAGAAGGCUCAGGAGCAUAUUAAGACCUUAAAUAAUCUAGUUCAUGCCAAGAUUGAUGAACUGCAACCAAAGAAGAAAUUUGGCUUUGGUAAGAAAAAGACAGGUGGAGAGAAGAGCACAAAGGCCAAGGAGUUAAAGAAAGAUGACGGUGUGGAUGGAUGUUCCAAGGAGAAAAAUACUUUGGAUGAAAUCAUAGAAAAACAAUUCUUUGGUUUUAAAGACCAGUCAAACCAAACUCUGAUGAAAUCAGCGGAGGAGCUUGACAACCGACAGCUGAACAUCCAUAACCUUGAUAACUGUAAGGUUAUAGCCUUAGGAAAUCCAAGUACCCUGCAAGUAGCCUCACUCAGAAAUUGCACAGUCAUUGUUGGCCCAACAUCAAGGUCUGCCUUCAUCAAGGAUUGUAUUAACUGUAAAUUCAUGAUAGCCUGCCAGCAGCUGCGUAUCCAUGAUACAAAAAAUACCCAGUUCUACCUCCAUGUCACUGGUGCAGCAAUCAUAGAAAAUUGCCACAACAUCCAGUUUGCACCCUACACUAUCAACUACCCAGAGUUGAAAGAGCAUUACUGCAAGAGUGGCCUGGAUUUGAAAACCAAUUACUGGGACAAGAUUGAUGAUUUCCAUUGGCUCAAUGAAAAUGAAAAGUCUCCAAAUUGGUCAGUCAUCCCAGAAAAAGAAAGAAUUGACAACUGGCUAAAGUGAAAGUGUCACAAGAUACAGAUAUUUACAUGAUUCCGAGCCUCAGGAUAUUUCUAAGUAUGUAAAUAAUUUAAUAAAUCAUAGCUAAAAAAAUUAUAUAUAUAUUGUGCUUUACAAUUCUACUAAAAGAAUUGCAGGAUGAAAAUUAUGCUCAGCAUAUUUAAAACAUGGAAUAAUAGCAAGGCUGUUCUAACAAAAAGCAGUUAAUGCAAACAUAAGUCACACUAUAAUCACCAAAAACUUAAAAACCUGUUCCUUCAGCCACAAACAAUUUUCUGCACAAGAUGUUUGUGUGUGCGCGAGAGAGAGAGAGCGGUUUUAUAACUCUCUCGGCACUGAGUUGUUUUUAAUCAAUAAAGCUUACAGAUCCCCAUUAUAGCAAUAAUAUAUAUUUCUGUACUUUACUUGAAAGCAAGACAAUAAUAAACUACAUUUGGAAUUUUUUUUCUUCUUCUUCGUGGUAUAACAGAAACUGGUGUUUUUUAAAGAUUUAUUUAGGUUUUUGUAAAUGCAAGUCAAAAUUAGUGAUUGUUCAAAUUUAAUAAAUGCUGAGUUCAAAACAAGGACAAAAUUGUUUAUAAAAUCUUCGAAGGGCAGAUCCAUCCACCAAAGGCCUUUUCCAAGUCUGCAGCUACAGCUAUGGUCACAUGGUCUUGGUAGAGUCCUCCCACCACCUGAGGAGGACAAAGAUGAUACUGGUGAAUUAAACAAAUGUAUUUUUUCUUUUCUUUUCUUUCUUUUUUACUGCCUAAUAUCUGCAUUGGGAGUUCAGGAAAAAUGAAGUUAAGAGCUUCAUUCACCAUCAUGAAAUUGAUAACACCAUAAAUGUUUCUUGAAGGAAAUACAGGACUGACCAUCAUUUGACUGAUGAU